AUGGCCGAGGUGGUCGAUCCCAUAUCAUGGCCUCCCAAGUCACCGAGGGAGGCCCUACUUGCUUCCCCGAGCGGCCGCAAACGAUACCUUGACUUACGAAGAGAGCGAGAAGCAAACGAACGGAAUUCCCCCCUCAAGCGCUCACGCACCACGCCAAACUUCUUUUCUCGUAAUUCCGCUCAAAAUGGCGACGACAACGAAGCUGCUGGCGAUGACAAUGACAUGGACGAGGAUGAGGAAACAUUGCGACUACAGCUAGCAGCAAUUGAAGCCAAGUUGAAAUUGAAAAGGCUACAGCAAGAGAAACGGUUGAACGCAACAAGCCCACGCGUAGAUGACAAACCUUUGCAAGGAAGUUUUACCUCGUCAUCUUCCUCGGCGCAACCCGCAAGUCGAAUACGAGCAAUGACAGAGAGGUUAACUGACCAAGGAGAUGGCAUUCAAGUCCCAUUAUCCCCUUCCAAACGACUGAUGCCUCAGGACUCGAUAUCUCCACGUCGGGCACUUAUUAAUUUCAAGAAGGCAAGCGAGGUAUCACUGAAACGGCCGUCCAGUGCCAGGCCAGUAACCGCUCAGUCAAAAGCAUCUAGCUUUCGUCCUGGGACCUCCUCUCGUUCCGAUUACCAUCAGGGAAGCCCGCCGGACAUCUGGUCUGCGGCUGCGGAUGACUUCAAGAAACCCAAGUCCUUUAGCGAGAGAAUCGCAGAAAGUAGGAACGCUGAUAGAGCCAAGCAACAACGAGCUGGACAAAUACAACGCAAUCGUAACUCUUCUUUUCAGAUCGAUAGCAAAGAGAUUGAAAAAUACAAGGAAGAGGCUGCAUCAAGACCACGACCAAGUCCUGAAAAGCAACGACCGGCGGAGACUUUUAGUCGUGAGGAGGUGCUUCAGUCGUAUGGGAGUCCUCAAUCGCGGAUGAAAAUGUCUACGACUACUCCAAGUCUAGUGGCGUCAGCAUCUGCCAUCGCAUCACGGCAGCCCAAUACUGCGGGACCUGGAACUGCUGGUCAGAAAACGUCCAAGGAGCCAGAUACUUCCAAACUGGAACCAUUCUCUGCUCUCAACCUCUCAAACCGAAUUCUCCCCCAGUCAUUUCUAAGCCGUACCCUUGAGAAUAAAACAGUUCUUCGAAUACCUCAGCUCUUGAAAUUAGUGAAGGCACCUGAGUUUGAGUUGCCGGACAAUAUCGAUGGGGACUACGUCGUCUUCGGCAUUGUGGCCUCAAAAUCAGACCCGAAGCAACACAAGGACUCUAAGAACUCAACCAAAGAAGUCGAUAUGUAUGACGAUGGUCUCAACAACACUGAAAAAUACAUGGUCAUUACCCUCACGGAUCUCAAAUGGACCAUUGAUCUUUUCCUAUUUGAUACUGCAUUCCCACGCUACUACAGACUCUCGGAGGGCACGCUAAUAGCUAUAUUGAAUCCAACAAUUCUACCUCCACCUCCAGGCAAAAUUGAUACUAACCGAUUCAGUCUCUGCCUUUCCUCUUCGGACGACACUGUUCUUGAAAUCGGCUCUGCUCAAGAUAUUGGAUACUGCAAAGCAGAACGCAAAGACGGAAAGAUCUGUCGAUCAUGGCUUGACUCGCGUAAAAGUGAGUUUUGUGACUUCCAUGUCGACGUGCAGAUCCGACGGACACAGGCAGCUAGAGCCGGCGUGAACGGUGGCACGGGGUUGUUUGCUCCUGGCGGCCGCAAUGCACCGCGCAUAGCAGAUUUCAGUGCCUCCAAGGGUCAGCGUGGUGGUCGUCGAGGACUCAAGCCCGAAGGUGGCAGGUACGAUUGGGCGACUCAGUCAACAUACUUUGUCGCCCCUGCACCCAAAUCUGCAUCCUCAUAUCAGGAUUCAUCCAUAUAUCCCCAUCUAGGCAGAGGUAGCUCGGCUGCAGCUCUCAUUGACGGCAUCCAAGACAAUCCUUUCUCGGACCAGGUUCGGAGCAAUGCGAACAAAGAAGAACGUGCACGGCGUCGACUGGUGGAGCAACAGCGGGAACGCGAAAUUGCAAAGAAACUGGGCUCUAAGGGUGGGAAUACGGGAUCGGAAUAUCUCCGAGUUGGGCUCGAACAAUCAACAUCAACGCCCUCCGCAAUACGUACAGCAACGAUAACGACAUCAGCAACAACUCCUGGGCCUUUAACUCUAGGAUCACAGAGAGCGGUAUCAAACAGUUUCAAAUUCCGCAAAGCCGAUGAAGUAAAUCUAGGUCCCAUGAAGAAACGGGCACGAGCACAAUCGGAUGAUAAAGUCUCGAACAACGGCGUGACUUCAUCGGUCAAGAAGACGCGAUUUAUCACUUCAAAGGGCAUUCGUGAAGCCGGCAGAGAUAGUUUGGGGGCGUCCACUAGUAGCGAGGCGAACAAGAGUAGGGCUUACAUGGAUAUGAAUAACGACGACGAUGACGAUGAUGAUGAGUUGGAAAUUAUCUGA